AUGGAACGCACACAGUGGCUCGAUGGACUGCGAGGCAUCGCUGCAGCCAUCGUCGCCUUUGACCACUAUUUCAUGGGCGAAAUCACCCUCCCAUUCCGAUCGUUCGGGGCUGAACCCGCCGAGGAAAAUCGACGACUAAUCCAACUUCCUCCCAUCCGUCUUUUAUUCGCCGCUCGUGCGAUGGUUCCUCUCUUCUUUGUUAUUUCAGGAUACGCCCUGACUAGAAGAAGAGACACGCCUCAGUUCUUCCGUCGUUUGUCGUCGUCGGUCACGCGGAGGGCGUUUCGAAUUUACCUCCCCGUUCUGGUGAUUGCGACCAUCUCACAGUUUUUGUAUUUCUUCGGCAUGUAUCACUGGGAAUUCCAAAAUGCUCUGAUGCAAGGCGUGGAGCCGUGGACGUCGCCGUGGUCGCAUUUGCAAUAUCUCACGCGAUACAUGAUGGACAACAUGAACAUCAUCGACCUGAAAAACAACACAGGCUUGAACGGCCAACUCUGGACGAUGCCCAUGGAAGUCCGCGGGUCGUGUGUUAUUUACCUUGCAACGCUGGGUAUGUCUGGCUGGCGAUCGGCCUUGAGACCUUGGGCCCUUGCUAUCACGAUGCUGUAUUUCCUCUGCUAUGGCUUGUGGGAUAUCUUCUGCUUUGUUGCUGGAAUGUAUCUAGCAGAGAUACGAACAGGCGCUGCGGACGAGGAUGAAAACAAGCUACCAUUAUAUGUGGAGGUGAAUCUACCCAAUAUCGGAAAAGUCCCAUUAGCACGCAUUGGGAAAUACAUCACCUUCGCCGUUGGCAUCUACAUUAUGUGCCUGGGAGAUGAUGGCUACCUACCACUCGGAUACCAAAGCCUCAAUCUCAUCCAGCCCUCUUACUGGCGCGAUUGGGGCACAAUUUCAGCCUCCUGGGCAGCCAUCGGUUCUCUGAUGGUGGUAUUCGCCAUCAGUGGCUUGAAGGUCCUUCAACGGCCCCUAAACAGCCGUCCGAUUCAAUACCUGGGCAGGAUAUCUUUCUCUCUAUAUCUUGUUCAUCAGUCAAUCUUCCACUUAUGGCGCGAUCCCGUGAAGAAUUUCAUUUGGCUGGUUCUGCACAAAGAUCUGUAUCCGGGUAGUGAAGGGGCGAUUCAAUCUCCUUGGACGUUUUAUACUACGUGGAUAAGCUCGGGGGUUUUGAUGGGAGCUAUCACAAUAUAUGCUGCACACUAUUAUACGCGGUUUGUGGAUGAGAAAUGCCUCUCUUUCACAAAAAAGAUAGAGCGGUUUCUCACGGCUGGGGAAUGA